GAGGAGGCUGAGCCCCUGUUCGCAGUGAAGUCCACUACGUCCGUUAAGAAGGUCAUCAAAUUGAUGGCCGAUGGUAUUCCCAGGAUACUGGUCUCGCUCGGCUAUGUUAAAUCAGGUAGGCAUACGGUCGGUAGGCCUAAGGUUGUGGGUGUCAACGGUGGGGGCAGUGUGUGUCAGGUGUUCAGGAGGUGGUGUCCCGCGUGA